CAGAACUAGUAUUUGAUAUAAGGCCUUGUAGUAUUAACACGUCUAAGAUGUCAAGUCAGCAGAGAGAACGUGAGGCCACCCAUGCCGGCAGCUGGUACAGUGAUAACGGUCCAGAGCUGGAGCGCCAGCUUGACGGGUGGCUUUCCCAGGCCGAGGUGGUGCAUGGACCCGCCAGAGCCAUCAUUGCCCCGCAUGCAGGCUACCGCUACAGCGGCGCCGUCAGUGCCCACGCCUUCAGACAGAUCUCACCGGUGCUCGUACUACAGCAUAGAGAUGAUGUUGCCCUACGUGGCCCGGGUCAUGCAGCAGUGAGUCAUGCUGACCCACUAUUGUACUACAGCAUAGAGAUGAUGUUGCCCUACGUGGCCCGGGUCAUGCAGCAGCACCGGGACCGCGUGACCAUCGUGCCCAUCCUGGUUGGGUCCCUGACGGUGGAGCGUGAGGCCCUCUAUGGCCGGGUCCUGGCCCAGUACCUCGCUGAGCCCCACAACGUCUUUGUUAUAUCCUCUGACUUCUGCCACUGGGGCCAACGCUUCAGGUACACACCUCCUAUGGAUGGAUUCUCUGGACCCAUCUGGCAGUGGAUAGAACAGCUGGAUAGACAGGCGAUGGACCUCAUAGAGUCCGGGUCGCCGUCAGCGUUCAGCGACUACCUCAAGAGGACGCGCAACACCAUCUGCGGCAGACACCCCAUUGGCGUCCUGCUGCAGGCCAUGUCCUCACUGCAGCAGAAGCAGCAGGCGGGGGGCGGCGCCCCUGGUGUGGAGCUGAAGCUCAAGUUCCUGCAGUACGCGCAGAGCAAUCGCUGCGUCAGCGCCUCCGACAGCAGCGUCUCCUACGCCGCCGCCGCCCUCACCUUCCACUGAUGCCUGCAUAGCAAUUAAUUAAUUGUCU